CUCUGUAACCUCGAACAAUGGACGAUGCCACUGGAUCGUUGCCGGGACGAAAGAAAAAGGGUUAAGGAUCAGGAAGGAUCCGAGAAACGUGAUAGUAGACGUCCUUUAACUGUUCGAGAUGUGAGUUUAAUUCGCUUGGCAAAGAAUGGGGAUUUGGAUUCAAUCAAACAAAUGAUAAAGGAAGGAGUAAACAUAAACGAGCAAGAUGAAACAGGUUGGACUGUAUUGCACGAAGCAUGUGUGCGGAACCUUCCACGUAUGGUUGAUUAUUUGCUACGACAUGGAGCUGAUCCUAGUAUCUCAAACAUAAGCGGUGAAAUGGCACUUCAUUGUGCUGCGCGAGUAGGAUGUCUGCGUAUUGUUCGAGCGCUCAUAUACUACAACGCCGACCCUUUGGUGUCGAACCAUAGGGGUGAGAAACCUUUGGACCUGUGUCAUGACCCUGAGGUAUCCAGUUUUCUCAAACAAGUAUGUUUUGGAUGUGAUUUUUUAAAGGUUACAUUUUGUAGAAAGGAUUGUGUCGUAGGAAUAUCAGGAGCUUAUCAAGCAGACCAGUUUCUUGAAAGAAUUGUACCUUUGAGUAUUUUUUUAAGACACUCCAAAAACUUAUGGUGAUACUUUUAUGCUAUGACAACUUGGGCCGGUAUAUAUCUGUUACAGGCCCUACGUUGAUGCUUACUGAUUGACAUCCUUAUUUGUGUAGCCUUUACACUUAAGAUGAAGCCAGAUCAUGGUCACUUAAGGGACUAUGUUAUCAGGCGAAUGCGGAACUACAGUUCGAUGAUGGCAAGGAGGCAGUUGUGAGGUUGGAUUUUUGUAUCCAUUCGUUGUAUCACAGAAAGGUGCAUGAGUGUGUUCAACAUUUGGAAAAUUCAUUGUCUCAAAUUUGAACCUUUAUCUUUCGACACGAUCGUUGCCUAUAUUUUGCCAACUGGUUUUCACUUAAUGGGAUGUACAUUUGAUAGAUGGUUGCUUAAUUUGGUUGGUCGUGUCAACCUAUCUAAUUAUGGUCAACUAAACAGUACUUUGUAAAUGUGGUAACUGUAUUAUGUGAAUUAAAGUGAUUUCCCUCUUUGUCGAGUAUAAUUUUUAUUUCCCGAUUGCUUAUUUGAUCAUAGGUAUAUACGUCAUCGCUGUCGUUAAUGGAGAACAUUAAGUGAGUAGUGGUGAUGUUGCAUUUAGCGUAUUAAGUAAAAGUGUUGCAUAGGUUGGUGAGAUUAUGAACUUUCACUGGCUGUGAGAGGGUUGGUGCAUAUGUAACGCUUGACCAGCCACUGACUACACCAGUGUUCCAUGGAGGUUAGUAUAUAUAGGAUAGAAACAGGUUAGGAGCAACUAAAUCGAUUUAUAAGGUCAACUCAUGAAGUCAACGGCUAUUAAUCUGAGCCAUUCAGGCUCCUUGAUUGUUGUUCGUGAGACAACUGUAGUCUGUCUAUGUUGUUUGUUAACUAGGUGAUGAGUUGAAAUUAGUUGUAAUGAUGAAUGUGUACACAUUUCUCAACAUCUUGUAAGUGUUGGACAUUCAAGUAUUAUUUUGUAUCCUUCAUUCGCUUUUGGUGAUUUGCUUAUCUUCCUCUUCGUUUAUUGUGACUUAUUCUCAUCUAAAUCUUGAGUUUCAGUUUUGAUGCUUUCCGCCUUUGAUUUGAUUAAUUCUUUUCUUAACGUACUUUAUGUAUUUGGUUUCUACUACUAUUAAUAUUAUUAUUUCGACUCUGUUUUUCGUCUUUUGAACUUCCUGUCCCUACACUGAUGUAAAAUUUGGCAACUUAAACCAAUAGUCAUUCGAGUCAGUUCAUACGCCAUAUACAUAUAAUCUCUUCACUAAUUGGUCAAGUUUUACUGUUUCCUGGAUAUACUUUAUUGUUAUUGUGUUUAUAUUUUCAGCAUACUGAAACUAACCAAUCACACAUGUUAACAUCGUCUGGUUCUGGGAAAUCAUCACAUUCGAAAGUUCGCCAACAUGCACACGGUACAAAACAUCUGAUGUCUUCUUUUUCUGGUACGACAAUAUCCAGUUCUACUGAAUAUUAUGGUGGUGGGGGUAAAGAUAACAGUAGUAUAGCAAGUCCAUCAAAUGUUUGUUCAGACUCAGAAGAUGAUGGUCAUUCGCAUUCAGGUUUGAGUGUAACUACCAAUACAUCUCACCAUAAUACUAGUCCUAUUAAUACUAACCAGCAGUUAGAUUUGAAUUGCUUAUCAUCUACCGGUCAUCAUAACCAUCCAACAUCUAGCCCAUCAUUGUCGUCUGUACCCAAAUCCGUAACUGAUGUGCACAUCUCUUCAGCAAAGUCAUUGAAGAAAGAUCCCUACGCGUUUGAAGAUGAUGAGAAUGAUGAGACGGUGAACAAUUCUGGGAACUCACUACUUCAUUCUGCGUCUGGUGUUAAUAAUAGUAAUAAUACCAAUACACAGGCAACAGGACAUAUUGGAGUUCAUUCUGGUUGUGGUGUUAGUGUUGGUGCUCCAGCCAAUUUGAAUAAGUCAACUUCUUCCAAUUCUACCAUUUCUUCUUCUACUACUACUACUACUAUUACCACCACCACCACUACUACUACUUCUGUCAAUACAAAUACGAAUACUAGUCCAAAUAGUAAUAUCAGCCUUGGUAGUAUUGAUUCACUUUCAAAGCACACACGCCAACUGUCUUCUUCCAAUUUGUCAACAACUGUGGAGUGUGGAAAUACCACUUUGGAUAGUAAUAACGAUAAUACAUUGACGACAUUGACUGGUACAAUCAAUAGUGCUCUUACUACAACUACUGCUCCCAAUAAUAGUAGCAAUUACACAACUAGUAACAACAACUGUGCUAGUAUUGGUGGGCCUCCACUUCGGCUUCGUUUUGCAAAAGAAGCCGGUCAAUAUACUUUGAUGGAACAUCAACAACAACAGAUUGAUUUAUCCCUUUCGAAUUGUGAUGCAAAUCUUGCUCCUUCAUCAUGUGGAAUUAUUUGUACUACAACUGAAGCAUCUCAUGUCACUGUCAUUAGUGAUAGUGACAACGAUAACAAGAACAUGAAUUUUCAAAUGGAUAUUGAUAACAAUAAUAAUAAUAAUAGUAACGAUAAUGUCAGUAAUGAGCAUAACUCCAAUAUGGGUACAUCGAUGACGAUAAAAAGUGAGCCAAUCAUCGUAUCAGGUGAUGAAGAAUUGAAUCAUGUGUCUACAUCAUGCCAUUCAGAGUCAUCAGGAGGCGAAGAAAUCUCGGCACAGAAGGUUCCUCCUUUACGCAUAAAAUUUGCUUCGGGUACUUCUGGAGAUGAGUCAUCAUCAAUGACGUCGUCGUGCAUGUCAGUCGGAGCAACUGGUGGUGGAUUGGCAAUUCAUCCUAUUAAUAAUGUGGAGAAUAAUUGGACUAAUGAGUCGAAUAUGAAUGAUAAAUGCGACGUGAAACCUCGUGUAUCUGAUGAUGGUUUGAUGACUGUGAAUAACAAAAGUGAUGGUAAGGAGGCUGGAGUCACUGUCACUUCUCUGGUCUCGACGAGUGUCGUUUCAUUGAAUGCUCCAGUUCCUGACAAAGUUUCAUGUUCAAGCGUGGAGAAUAUCGGCGACGGUAACAGCGGCAGUAGUACUACUACCACCAUUACUGCUACCGGCACUACCGAAACUGUGCACGAUCAAUAUUCUAGCUACCAUGAGAAGUUAUCUAAGUCUUGUGAUCAUGUUGUUGCAACGAAUGUACACCAUGACGAAUCGAGUACAGAGUUGUCCAUAUCUUGUACUCCCCCAUCAACAUGUAUCACUAGUGCUGGGAUGAACACUAGUGUGAAUAUUACGAGUGGUGUUAACACUGUUGAGAUGAAUAGCAAUCGUAGUAAUGCAAGUAAUGCUAAUCGGGUGAAGAUGGAUAAUACGCUGGAGACGAGUGAGUGUCAUGGAAAGAGUGGCAAUAAUAAUAGUAAUAAUAAUAAUAACAACAACAACCACACACACAAUCGAAGUAAUAAUAAUAGUAAUAAUACGAAUAAUGGUAAUCGAGAAGUGUCGAAAGAUACUCAUCGACAUCGUAGUGGGCGUACAUUACGUUCACAUACAGCUGCUCAACGUGAAAAAGAAGAGAAGGAACGUCACACGGAUGACGCUACUCCGAUUAAGAAGCGUAAACUUCGUUCUCGUUCGGAUACUGUGACAAAUCAUGAGAAUAUCAGUCACCAGAGUCGUAGUGGUGGUGGAAUUGGGACAGUAAAUGUAAAUAAUUCACCUGUAACAACUGUUCAUGCUGGUUCGUCAACUGAAUCUUCUAAUGUGUCGUUGUCUUCAAAUGCUGUUGCAAACAUGGAUGUGAUUGAAGAUACACAUGGUUGUUCAACUGUGACUGCUUCUUCUCAAAGUGACAGUCACAUGGAUAAUGAAGAGAAGAAGGUGUCUGUCGGUAGUUCUCAGUCUACAGUGCUGAUGGAUAAAGAUACUACUGAUGUGCAUAUGACUUGUGUUUCUGAAAUGGAAGGAGGACAUUCUGUUUCAUCGUCUACCACCACUUCUUCUACUAAUACUACUGCUACAACUACCACUCAUACUCAUACUCCUACUCCUACUAAUACUACUACUACUACCACUACUGACAAUGAUAACAGCAACAAAAUGGAAGUGGAUGGGAAACCAGAGAUGUGUGGAACUGCUGUGUCAGUUGUGACAUUGAAUAUGGAUGGAUCGAAUGAUGUGAAUGUCGUGUCAUCAGUCUCCGAAGUAGGAGUGACGACGGUGGUAACAACAACAGUAGGUGUAGCAGGAAUAGCAACAUCAACUCCAUCAUCAUCGUCAUUAGCGGAACAGAUAAGUGGAUGCUAUAGUGAAGCAGAUUGUGAUAUGAGUUAUUUAUUUUGUCCCUCUGCUCCUGGAGAUGAAGAUCGUAAAGAUGUUGAGUUGUUGAAAUUUCAAAAUCCAUAUGACAAAGCUGCUGAACUGAACAAGAAUUUGCGUGAACUUGUCAAUAAUCUGGUGAAGGUCCAUCCGAAAGCACCUUGUGGUUAUCAAGAUUACCUGUUGGUUACUCGUAAUUACCUAUUGGCUAAUCAACUCUCAUUUGCUACAUAUGUGAAACGUUCAGCACCGAGUCAUUUGGAAGCGACGUUUGUGGAAUUAUUCAAUGAACAAGAAGAAGAACGCUAUGCUCAGGCAUUGAAACACCAAUCGGAACGGGAACACUUACAACUGGGCGCAGAACAAGCUGUUUUACGUGCUCAAACACGUGGUGCUUUAGCAGUGGCCAAUCAAUCGAAACCAUAUUCGUUUUGUUCAAUAUUAUCCUAUAAUGAUUUGACGUAUAUUCCACCAGUUGGGAAAUUAGAGAAUCGAGAAGAAGAGAAUAUACGCGAUCGUUUCACCCCUCGUACAUUUAUCGGUUGGCUUCAAGACAUUAUCGAUACAUUUCAGAAUGAAAAGAAGAAAUUACUCUGUCGACAACUUCAUGAAGCUGAGUCACUAAUGAUGGUGCAGAAACUUGAUUGGGAAAUGAAAACGCGUGAAACAUUGGCGUCGAAUAUCGAUUGUAUUGGUGUUGUGGAUGUAUUCAAAGACAUUCCAGCUAAUUAUGUUCCACUAAUCCCAGUGCCUAAUGAUUUUCCACUGUUCGCUCAUGACCCGGUACAUCGAACGACAACGGCUACCACAACAACAGCUGCGCCGGUGGCGGCGGCGACAACAGCGACGACAAUGUCAACCACACCGAGUACUUCGAUCCCCAUCACCCCUACUACCAACACCACCACACACACCGCUGUCAAUAAUAGCCCAACGGUAUCAGCAACGACAACUACGCUGACUAACAACUCAUGAUUGAUAUGAUGAAGGGGACUUGUUGUUUUCAUUUUCUUAGUGAUGAAAUUUAUGCAUUUUGUCAUACUUCUUCUUUCUUAGCUUUGAUUUGACUUUGCCUUCUCAUCUCAACAAAAACAGCCGGUAAACUACUGACAUUCUACUUCUUUAUCCUCCUCAUCAGAUUGACUUUGUGUUUGUGCGUGUCUGUUUGUUUGUGUACAUACUGUGUGUGUUGAUGGAUUGACUAAUUUUCCAAUGAUUUUCUGUUGUCAUCAUCCUUGUCCUCGUCCGUAUUUAUGGAAUAUUAAUAUGUCUACUGAAUGUGUAUCUGGUAGAUUGAUGAUGCUGAACAGUUCGUGUAUAUGUGUGUGUGUGUCGGAGUUUUAUUUCUGUGUUGUGGUGAAACUGUCUUUAUGAUGUAAUUUGCCAGUGUCAAUAAGACUGGUAACAAUAAUCAUUGUUAAUUUUACUAUGAUUUGUAUAGUUUCUUUAUUUAUGUAUUCAGCUACUUAUUUGCGUAAUUAAUUAAAUGCAUAUGUUUAUGUACCUGAAUUAUGUGAGUAAAUAUAUUUAUUUUUUCCUUUGGAAUAGUGAGGUUUUCCCUAUUCUAAAGGAUACAGUAUGGUGUCCAAGUUUGAAAAUGUAGCGGAUUUGAAAUCCUAC